AUUGUAAGAAGCCUUCAACGAGUAUAUGAAUAACUCUUCACAAAGCACUCUGGUUUGUUCUUUAUUUAAGCACAAUCGUCACAUGUUUAUGAAUGGACUACAAUCCCCACGCAGCUGUCGUGUUGGUCUGCCUCGCUUUCCCAGAAUUCCAAGGGAGAGUAUUCGAGGCCGGUCGAAAAUGGCAGCAGACACUAGCACGAACACACCUCCUUUUGAAUGCCCGACAUGGGCGGGAAAGCCUCCUCCUGGCCUCCACUUGGAUGUGGUGAAAGGAGACAAGCUGGUAGAGAAGCUGAUUAUCGACGAGAAGAAGUUCUACUUAUUCGGGAGGAACCCAGACUUGUGUGACUUCACAACAGACCACCAGUCCUGUUCACGGGUCCACUCUGCACUGGUCUACCACCGCCAUCUGAAGAGGGUCUUCCUUAUAGACCUCAACAGCACGCACGGCACCUUCUUGGGUCAGAUCCGCCUGGAGCCCCACAAGCCCCAGCAGGUGCCCAUCGACACCACCGUGUCCUUCGGGGCGUCCACGCGCGCAUACACCCUCAGGGAGAAGCCCCAGAGCCAGCCUGGCAGCGGACUGGGCACCGAGGCCAAGGCUGGAGGAGGAAAAGGAGAGGAGGAGGAGCAGCAGCAGGAGGAGGUGCUGAAAGGCCUGCUGGGCUUGCCUCAAGAGGAGACUGAGUUAGAGAAUCUGACAGAGUUCAACACGGCCCACAACAAGCGCAUCUCCACGCUGAGCAUCGAGGAGGGCAACCGGGACGUACCCCGCCCCAAGAGGAGGAGGAGGAGCUCCCGUGUCUCCUUCAGCGAAGACGACGAGGUCAUUAACCCAGAGGACGUGGACCCCAGUGUUGGACGCUUCCGCAACAUGAUACAGACGGCUGUGGUCCCCAUCAAGAAGAGAAAGCUGAGUGACCCAGUGGAGCCCCCAGGCUCAGAGGACGCCGUUGGUCACAGGACACGCCCCUUCUCCCCCCGGGCCGCUGGGGGUCUGUACGGGGACCUCCCCCCGACCAGCAACGAGGCCCUCAACCCCGCAGCCCUGGCCCUGGGAGGGCCCACCGUUCUGGGCAGCGUCCCCAACCUGGCCCCUGAGGUGGAUCUGAGCCCCGUCUCAGCACGCCCUCCAAUCAGGCGGGACACGGCCGCACCCGCGUCCGUGCCCACGCACACACCCGGACCUUACGCCGCGGAGGCGUUCAACGAACCGCGCAAAAAGAAAUACGCCAAAGAGGCGUGGCCAGGGAAGAAGCCAACUCCUUCACUCCUUAUAUAGCCUUUCCUCUCCUGGACGCCGGCUUUGUUUCAGGUUAAGCCUGCGACUGGGGGAAGACACAGAAGCUGGGAGCGACCAGCUGUGAAAGUGACGUUUACAGAGGCAGCAGUAGAAUCAUCUUUGAGUCUAAGACGGUUAUGAGCAAAACCCAGAAAAAUAUAUGGAGGGAAAGAUGGGCGUCUUAGCUUGUACCUUGCAUUCAAUUAAAAGAUUUUCUUUUAUCAAUGCUCUUCCAAAGCAAGACUUUGGUAACUGGACUAUUUCAAACCAUUUCGUUUUGUGUCCUUUCUACAAAUUUGGACUUGUGCUACGUUAAAUUUUGUUUUUUCAGGCUUGAUGAAUUCUACCUUGGUCAAAGUAUGUCGGACCAAUAUUCAUCUUCCUUCCAAACCUAAACGUCCAAAGCCAAGAACUAACCAGUCGUUUCAGUCAUCGACUAAGAUAGGGCUAUGAACUCUGGGGCGUGGUUGACUUCAGAAGAAGACCAAUAAAGAAACUGGCAUUUGUAACACACUCAAAUUGAUGCUUUGGUUUCUAUUUUUAGAAGAGAUUGUGACAUUUAAAGCAGAAGCCAUUGUCAGCUACUUAAGGCUGCAUCGGAGAAGCGGGUUUUUUCAUUUUCUUGGGGAUAAUAGGUGGAGAGGAUGGGCUGAUAUUAGACAUUGUCUGCGUUUGAUAUUUGUACAAUAAACUAAUCCAUACGCCUCUCACUCUGCCGCAUGUGAAGCGCUGUGCUGGAGGAUUGGCUGGUCCCAGGAGAAAUCUCCCACUGUGCGCUCACUUUUACCUUCAUGUGUUCACUUUUGAGCUGCCAAUAAUGGUGACAUCCCCAUGCUA